AUGUUCACUUUCACUCCUCUUCUAGGCGCACAAUCUGAAUCUUCGGCUUCCCAGUCCUUGCUCGAGCUUGAUGGAGGUAUCAAGAUCUUGAUCGACGUUGGAUGGGAUGUGACCUUCGAUGUUGAGAAGCUCAAGGCGUUGGAAAAACAUGUACCGACGCUGUCAAUUAUCCUCUUGACCCAUGCGACUCCUGCGCAUUUGGCGGCGUUCGCUCAUUGCUGCAAACAUUUCCCACUAUUCACCAGAAUACCCAUCUACGCUACUACGCCCGUGAUAUCCUUAGGAAGGACGCUUCUACAAGAUCUCUAUUCGUCUACGCCGUUGGCCUCAACGCUGAUCCCGAAAUCUUCACUUUCUGAGAGCUCUUAUGCACUCCAAUCUUCUGAUCCAUCCGGGAACGCCUCUGACUUCCUUCUUCACCCACCGACUGCGGACGAAAUUGCAACAUACUUUUCGCAUAUUCAUCCGUUAAAAUACUCCCAACCUCAUCAGCCUCUACCUUCACCAUUCUCGCCGCCUCUGAACGGCCUCACGAUUACCGCUUACAAUGCCGGUCACACCCUUGGCGGAACUAUCUGGCACAUACAGCACGGACUGGAAUCCAUAGUUUAUGCCGUUGACUGGAAUCAGGCUAGAGAAAAUGUGCUCGCCGGCGCGGCUUGGCUUGGCGGUGCUGGGGCAGGCGGAAAUGAUGUAGUUGAGCAGCUGAGAAAGCCAACAGCAUUGGUUUGUGGAAGCACAGGCGCCCAGUCAUUCUCGUUGCCAGGCGGGCGAAGGCGACGCGAUGAGUUACUUUUGAACUCCAUACGUGCUACUCUAAGCAAGGGAGGGACUGUUCUUAUUCCAACAGACUCUAGUUCUCGCAUCUUGGAAUUAGCAUAUUUGCUUGAACAUGCUUGGAGAGCAGCAUCAGAUGACUCUUUGAAAGGAUCACGACUUUUCUUGGCAAGCAGAAAAAUUGGUACUACUAUGAAGUACGCAAGAAGUAUGCUUGAGUGGAUGGAUGAAAGCAUUAUACGCGAAUUUGAAGCCGAUGAUAGCAGUACUUUACCGCAGCGUCGAUCAACCGCGAACAACCGACCUGAGAGGUCAAUUGGACACGGUGGCAAUCAGAGAGAUAGUCAUCACACUACAAGGCAUGCUGGGCCGUUCGACUUCAGAUAUCUUAAAUUGUUGGAGAGAAAAUCCCAGGUCGAUCGGGCAUUAGCAAUCGAAGGCGGCAAAGUUAUAUUGGCGAGUGAUUCAUCACUGGAUUGGGGCUUUUCAAGAGACGUCCUACUCAACAUUGCCUCAAAUAGCUCAAAUCUUGUCGUUCUAACGGAGAAACAUCGAAGCUCGAGCGCUGACGAACCUGAUUCUUCAAGCUUGGGACGACUUCUUUAUACCUGGUGGGAUAUAGGGAAAGGCGCUGCUGUUGCUCCUUCCAGCGAAGACAUCCCCGCUCUUGUCCCUGGACAGGGACGAGAGAUUCAUAUUAGCGAAGCCCACAGGGUUCCGCUUGAGGGACAAGAGCUUGUAAUAUAUCAGCAGUACUUGGCUACCCAGCGUCAGCUCCACAAUAUUUUGCAGUCGGAACAAGGUGCAAAUCUCGACAAUGCUGCUGAUGCUGUCGACGAUGCAUCUUCAACCUCUUCGAGCUCGGAAGAAUCUGAAUCUGAGCAUCAGGGCAAAGCUUUGAACAUUUCUGCAACAAUGGCCCAUUCCAAUCGCAAUAAGCUAGGACUUUCUAAUGAGGAGCUGGGAAUCAACGUGCUUUUGCGCCGGCGGGAUGUUCAUGACUAUGACGUGAGGAACAAAAGAGGCCGAGAAAAAAUGUUUCCUUUUGUGGCAAAGCGACGGCGAGGUGACGAAUUUGGGGAGCUUAUCCGGCCUGAGGAUUAUCUUAGGGCUGAAGAGCGAGAGGAAGUCGACGGGCUCGAAAUUCGAGGUACUGCUGCUGAUUCUGCUCAAGGACUUGGGCAAAAAAGGAAAUGGGAUGAGGCUACCGGAGCAAAUGGAUCGAAGAAUCGUCGACAGCUGGAUGACUCAAACAAACGACAGAGGGACGGGAAAGAUGUUGGCGCAGUGAAUAGCUCGGAAUUGGAUGCGUCGGAACACCCGGUGGGUGUGUCCUCGCUAGGCUUUGAAGAUGAAGGAAGUUCCUCUGAAUCUGAAGCCGACGAACCCGCUACGAUCCCAUCAAAACUUGCUCUCAAAACUCGCACUGUUGGUGCUAGCUUUAACGUUACAUUUAUCGAUUUCAUGGGUCUUCAUGACAAGCGGAGUCUGCAGAUGCUUAUUCCACUUAUUCAACCACGCAAACUCAUCCUCGUGGGAGGCACCACAGAUGAAACUUCGACCCUCGCGGAUGAUUGUCGGAAAUUGCUCAGCGCGAGACUGGGCGCCUCAGCAGAGAUUGGCCUGGAUAUUUUGACACCAAUUGUUGGCCAAGCUGUAGAUGCAAGUGUAGACACCAAUGCUUGGGUGGUCAAACUUAGCGACACACUUGUAAGGCGCUUGCACUGGCAGAGCGUAAGAGGGCUUGGCGUCGUGACUGUUACUGGCCGAUUAGAAGCCAAAGAGUCGCCUAAUCUGUCUCUGACAAGUCUCACGAAGAGACAAAAGCUGGAUCGAGAUAAUGCAGACGAUAUUGCAGAGGGCGAAGAUCAUGGCUCGGUGAAAAUGGCCAAGGAGCCGCCAACGUUAGAUGUUCUUCCAGCAAGCAUAGCUGCCGCCACUCGUUCUGUUGCUCAACCUCUCCACGUCGGUGAUCUAAGGCUGGCUGACUUGAGGAAAAUUAUGCAAGCAUCCGGACACCUUGCCGAGUUCAGAGGCGAAGGUACCCUGGUCAUCGAUGGUCUCGUUGCGGUUCGCAAAACUGGAACCGGAAGGAUUGAAGUUGAAGGUGGAGGUUUAUUCGCUCCGGGCCAGAGGUCUAGCAACAUGGAAGGGAGCUUCUAUGCCGUCAAAAGGAAGAUCUAUGAGGGGCUUGCCGUAGUUUCCGGCGGCUGA